CCGAUAACUUCUGGCCCGCGGUUAGAGCCAUCUCGAUCUCACCGAGACAGCCAUACAGAGCAUGCUCUACACCAAGUCCAUCAAAGACAUGCGAGACCAAAUCCACUCGUUCAAGCUCCGGUAUCUGACUGGGCGCCAGCCCCAGACCGGAUACGAGCCCCCAAGGCUGCCUGAGCGGCCCCACACCGGAGGCCCACCACGGUCGAUGCCAAAUCCUCACGAUUACGACUUUGAUGCGGAUCCGGAGUACUACUUUCGCCAGUUCACGCUUUGGAAUCUAUCCCUUAAAGCUCUCCAGAGGCAUCUUGGCACCUUUCGUCGCCGUAUCCAGCGCUGUGAUGAAGCGUGGAUCAAUGCGUACUUGCUCUGCGAACACCACGCAGGCAGCGUCGUCAUCCAUGGUAUCGAUGCACUAAUUCUGCUAUUGAGGCGGAUCAGCGACCAUCGCAGCUACAGCCUGCAGCGCACGAGCCAGACUCACAUGAGAGUCUCAUACGCGGACCAGAUAAUCGAGGACAAGGCUCUGGCCGACAUCGUCGACUGCAUCCCGGUUCUGAUCUCCUUUGAUGCCGGUCGAAGAAGCCUUGGUCGUUCGCUGGAGACUUUCCUCUCCGAGAUCGUCCGAUGCCUCGAGUUCAUGUGGCCAGGCGCAACAUCCUCCAAGCCGCAGAUCACUGAUGGGGAGCUGGAAGACAGUGUCGAAUACAACAACAUAGUUCUCCGAACGCGAGUGGCAUAUCUGCUUCGACUUAUGAUUAUAUCCAACCCACGAUGGCACAAACAGAUACUCGGGACUCUGGCGGCGUAUGCAGCCAACAACAAGCGCCCGCGGUUCAUCCGUCUUGUCAGCUCUCUCCGGACACCGUUCCUCCCCGAGAACGCCCUCCGCACAGUAUCGCCGAGCCCAAAUCGCUUCUACAGCACCAACCCCGAGCUCAACAACACGCUCCAGAAUAUCGAGCAGCUUGACCCGGUUGGCGAUUCUGAGAUCUUGGAGCACAUCUGGCAGUACCGGACCGCAAUCCUUCUCCUCCUCAAUGGCCUGAUUGGCGAAUAUGAGACGAUUGUCGAGCGCCGUCGCCUGAGACAGGAGCUAGAGACAUGUGGUCUACUCGAUCAACUAAAGUGGCUGAAAGGUCUGCGCUUGUCAGACGAGGCUGCCGUGCAGAUUGCCAUCUUUGAAAGCGAUAUGGAAUCCGACACGGAGGACUUUACCCAGGAGUUGAAGCAGACGAUAAGCACUAUGGGAGACCCCCAGGAGGAGUUCAAGCGGAUCCUGGGCCAGGCGGAGCAUGGUGCCGAUCCGCAGAGACUGAAGCAGCUGCUCCUCUUAACCCUCGGCGAGCUCCGGAAGCUCAUGGCGAAAUUUGGACCGAUCGGCGACAAGCCCGUGGCGGCAAAUGAAUCAGCGCUUGAAAUGCUCGAAGUGUGGGAGCAGACGCUCUCGGCCAUCACUGAGACCGCCGAUACCUGGAUUAGCGCCGACCCAGGCACUGGUGGCGAUGCAGUUGGUUACACGGCCAGUGAUCGCACCGCUCGGUUCAAGCAUCUGUCUGGACGACUGCAGGGCAUUCUCGAGGGUCUCAGUGGCGAGGACUUGCGAGACCAGUCGUCCGACGGUGCUGCUGAGCCAGUCGGCCGCGGUGCCAUCAAAGAAUACGUCCAGAGACUUGAAGACCUCCAGCAGCAGUAUGACGAGGCAUUGAAGCGUGAAUCCAUGCUCCGAGGCGAAAAUAUGCGGCUCAAGGCAACCGUGGGCUCUCCCGAGAAGCUGAGCGAGAUCUUUGAGGAGAAUCAGCGGCUGCGAUUGGCAAUCCGAGAGUCGCAGCUUGCUCUGAACGAUCUGUCUGCUGUUUCUCCAGGAGAGAGCGAGCAGCUUGAUAGGGUCAAGGCUGCGCUGCACAAGGUCCACAUCGACCAGCUUCCUGAUAUCGAGCUCGCUCGAGCCGAGAUCCUGGGCUCGGGCCCGAGUUUGGGUCCAGGCUUGGGUCCCGGUCUGGGUCCAGGCCUGGGAGGCGAGUCCGAACCCAGCAGCACGGGCGCCGACGAUGCUGCAACCAAGCUUAGUGGCCUGUCGCCCAAGGAAAGCGAAUCUUCGGCACCACCACCCCCGGCUGUUGCGCCUCCGCCACCUCCAGCCCCGCCUCCCCCAGGGGCUCCUCCCCCACCGCCGUUUGGAGGUCCGCCACCUCCGCCUGGGAUGCCUGGGCUCGGCCCCGGUGGCGUUCGCAAGCUCCACAAGACACCGCUGCAGAAGAAGGUCGAGCCGUUCCGGUGGAACAAGUUCGCCAAUCCCAACAUGAUCAAUGGCACGAUCUGGCAGAAUGUCGUGUCGCAUGCAUAUCCCGACUCCGGGGAUGCAUGCUCUCUCGAUAUGUCCGAGCUUGCCGAUCUGUUUGCUAAAGAGGAGCUCGCGCCAGCCGCAAAAAAGAUCAUCGAAAAGAAGGAGCUUUUGUCUCUGCUGGACUCUCGCAAAUCACAAAACAUUGGCAUCUUCCUCAAAUCGGCCAAGCUUCAGCUUGCCACUGUGCGCGAUGCACUGUGGAAGAUGGAGGACAGCCUCAUGGCGCCCGAAGUUGUCUCGCGCUUCUGGAGCGUUGCGCUCUCAAACGAAGAGCUCAGCAAAGUGUUUGUCUACGAUGGCUCGCUGGAUGAACUGGACGAGCCAAGCAGGUUCUACGUCCAGAUCCGGGACAUUCGCAACACCAAGACCCGCCUGGAGCUCCUCAUGUUCAAGGGCCAGUUCUUGAACGAGCAAGAAGAGGGCGCUCGUACCCUCGACACCAUCGCCUCAGCCUGCCAGGAGCUUCGAGAGAGCAAUCGCCUCUCCCGAAUCCUUGAAAUGACGCUUUUGAUCGGCAAUGCCCUCAACGACCAAAACGGAUCCUGGGGCAAUGCCUUUGGAUUCAAGAUCGACGCACUCUUGAAGCUCAGGGACAAGAGAAGCCGCAACAAGUCGUAUCCCACCCUCCUGCACUAUCUUGUCAAAGUGCUGCACGAGAAGGAUCCCGACACGCUCGAGUUCUUAUCCGAGGCCGCCAGCGUCGAGACCGCAGCAAAGGACGACAUCGAGGCCGUCAAAUCCAUCAUCGAGCGCUCCACAAAGGAGCUCAAAUCGGUCCAAGGCGAGCUUGAGUUUUAUGACUCUGAGCCCGACUACGACGCCCAGUAUCCAGAAGACGAGUUCAGGCGGGUGAUGCGUGUCUUCUUGGACGAAACUCAAGCCAGACUCCAGGAGAUGCAGAAGCAGUACGAAGCCACCAAAGCCAACAUCCUCAGCACCCUCAAGCACUUUGGCGAGCGCGAGGAAGAGUGGCACAAGAUGGGCAAGUUUGAGAACGCACCGACAGCCUUCUUCCGGAUCUUUGUCCAGUUCUCGUCGGAGAUAAAAAAGUGUCUCCGAGAAAACGCGAAGCAGGAGGCUCAAGCCCGAGCCCGAAACACUCCGGCUGCUGCUGCUGCUGCCCAGCAGCGCCCCGAACUGCGGCUCAACGGCAUCGUCGAUUCGGAGUCGUUCCAGACGGCGGUCGAGAAAAUCGCACUUGAAUCCGCACCGAAGGGAACCCCCAUGUUGCUUGCGCCUCCCGUCGAAGGCGCCAUGUCCAAACUGAAGCCCACGAGCUCCCACGGCAUGGCAUUUUCGCAGACGUUUACUGUUCGUCACGGCAAAUCGGUGGGAGUCGGUCGUGUUGUCGAUGACGCUUCUCCAGUCUCGGGCUUGGACAGCCAGGCGGCGACAGCGUCGCCGUCGAUGGCCGACAAUUCAGCCAGCAUACCGCAGCUCCUGGCGGUUGGAAGUGUCCUCCAGGCCCGCAAGACGAUCCGACGUCUCACCACGAUGCAACAAGCACGAGGCUCGCUGGGCUCUGUCCGCGAGCUGUUCGAGGAAUAGACAAGGCGCGGGGACUGAGCGGUGGUGUGUGUUUAGUCAGUUUGCGCUGCAAGCCAGCUGUCGGGUGCUGAAAGGCCUGCGGCGCGGCUAUGGAGCGAAUGUCGCAUGUCGACGAAUGUAUGUGUGUUGUGCCAAUGUAAUAAACCAACGACAAAACCACGUUGCCCCAUGUUACUGUACGUG